UUGCACCUUUUUGAUGAUUGUUAUCUUGAAGUUUGUAGAAUUUUAUUUUUCAGAUGUUUGGCCAGCGGUUGUCUUGGUUUAGAAGAAGGCAUUAAGUGUCAAGUAUCGACCAGUCCUCGGUGUCGCCUUCGUAUCGACCACCUACGGUUGGAUAGCGACAACAGCCAGACAGUGGUGACUGGGUUGACUUUGUGCUCGAUUUGUCGAGUGUCUGCUUUUCCUGACUAUCGUAUUGGACGUCCGCCGUUGCAUCUGACUCGAAGUUGUCUGAGUCUGCGAAAUUGUUGCGUUUGGUGUGUUCUGUGUCUGGCCCAUCCUUCUCAGGAACAUCAGAUAAUGGCUCAACACCUGAAGACAACGAAAGCGAUUCGCGAGGAAUGGGCAUUAUCGAACUGUGCGUAUGUCAGUCCCGUAGACAUCCAAGCAGAUGCUACACGGUAUGUUGAGGUGAAGACUGGCCCCGCACACCGGUUCAUUUUCGUUGUAAAAAAUGACAACAAGGUUCCACCUGGUAAAAUGGCUUUCAGUAUGCCCCAACGACGAUGGGCUCAGCUGUCUCUCGAUCAAGACUUGGAGGUGAGACCGUACACGUUCGACCCGAACACGCAGUACAUUAGCGUGGUCAGCUUCGAAACAUCGUUUUAUAAUAAGAAAACGUAGGG